AUGGGUCGCGUACGAACAAAGACCGUCAAGAAGUCCGCCAAGGUCAUUAUCGAGCGAUAUUAUCCUAAGCUCACCCUCGAUUUCGAGACGAACAAGAGAAUAUGCGACGAAAUUGCGAUUAUCGCUUCUAAGCGAUUGAGGAACAAGAUUGCUGGUUACACUACACACUUGAUGAAGCGUAUCCAACGAGGCCCAGUCCGAGGCAUUUCCUUCAAGUUGCAAGAAGAGGAGAGAGAACGAAAGGAUCAAUACGUGCCUGAAGUCUCUGCUCUAGACUUCACACAAAACAGCGAGUCUGGCCAGCUCGACGUCGACCAAGAUACUAAAGAUCUACUCAAGAGCAUGGGCUUCGACGGCAUUCCAGUCAACGUUGUUCCAGUCGCUCAGCAGGCACAGCAGACCGAGAGGGGCCGACGGGUGUUUGGUACUGAGGCUCGAGGUCGUGCUUGA